CUCCUCCUCCUUCCCAGAUGUGGCCGCCGCCCCCUCCAGCUGCUCCUCGCCCACCGCGCCCUCGGUACAACAAACAUUUCAGUCCCAGAUGUUUGCGCCUCUUGCCAUGUAUUUGCUACCUGUCAACAAAGAGAUGGGAAAAAGAUCUGUAUCUGUAACUACGGUUUUUUGGGGAACGGAAGGACCCAAUGCAUUGAUAAGGAUGAGUGCAACAUUGGAGCCAAACUGGUCUGUGGAGAACACACGUCAUGUCAUAAUACUCCUGGAAGUUUUUACUGCAUCUGUCUGGAAGGGUAUCAAGCAUCAAACAACAAUAAGACGUUCAUCCCCAAUGACGGCACCUCUUGUUUAGAUGUGGAUGAGUGUAAAGUUUCAAGCCAGUGUGGUCUCGGGGGACGGUGUGUAAACAUCGAUGGCAGCUACCUGUGCUACUGUAUGGACGGAUACCGACCGAAGAAUGGGACACAACCUUUCCAUCCUGCCGGAGAUGUCACUCCUUGCACAAAAAUAGACUGUGGCAUUCCGCCUGAAGUCACCAACGCCUAUAUCUCAGGAGGCUACAGUUCUGGUUUGGGUGGUGAGGCUCGUUAUUCCUGUAAAGAAGGAUUUUCCAGUGAUGGCAGAAAACAAGUGGCGAUUUGCACAGAUUCUGGUGUGUGGGAAUCCCCUUUGUUUCAAUGUCAAGCUGUAGAUUGUGGGGCUUUACCUUUAAUCCCAAAUGCCCAUCCAAUUUAUCUGAGCAACAGCACUUAUGGAAGCCAAGUUAUGUUUAAAUGCCAGGAGGGCUAUAUCCCCCAAAGUGGAAACCCAACUGCUUUUUGCAAUGCCAAAGGACAAUGGGAAGGUACCAAUUUCAUUUGUACAGCAAUGGACUGUGGCAGCCCUCCAGUCAUCCCAAACGCAGACAGGAUCUGGGACAGCCAGACCAUCCUGGGCAGUGAAGUACGCUUUGUGUGCAAAAAGGGGUUUUCCAGCACUUCAGGAAGCAAGCUGUCACGUUGCACAUCCAGUGGGUCCUGGGAAAUACCGGAUUUAACCUGUGAAGAGCUAAACUGUGGGGCUCCUCCUGUUAUCCAGCAUGCUGACCUGAUGUGGAAUCACAGUUCCAGUGUGGGAAGUGUGGUGCACUAUGCCUGUCAAGAUGGCUUUGAAAGCACUGGAGGGACGAAUUCUUCACUUUGCACAGAGGAGGGUGUCUGGAUGGAAAGCACUCUAGUAUGUACAGGGAAGGCCGCAAUCAGUGAUGUAUCCGUGUUUAAUUACACCUGUGUGAGAUGGAGGAAAAGUACUAGAAGAUCAGACAGGAAGGAGGUAUAUAUGAUAAAUGUGCAAGGGCGAUGUUGGGGUCAAAAAGAAUUCCUUCAUGAAGAGAUGUUUAAUCUCACCACAGAGAGUGAGGCUCCAGAGGUUUGCUUAGAUCUGUGCCAGGGUACCAAUUACACUGUGAACAUCACUAAUGUCUCUCCUGGGAUUUUGGUGCCAGUUUCCAUCAUGAUCCAAACAGCUGAAGAGAAUGAAUUCCUCAGUGUUUUGAUAUUUAAUGAAACUUGUUUGAAAUGGAGGAGGACUGGGAAAGUUGGGAAAGAGGAAAUGUACCAAUUUUAUAUCCUGGGACGAAGAUGGUAUCAGAAUCACUUCUCCAAUGCAAUGACAUUUAACUUCACUACCACUGAUGGAGCUCCAGAGUUGUGUUUAGAUCUAUUUCCUGGAACUAAUUAUUUAGUGAAUAUUUCCCUCAUGACAUCUUCAGAACAUUCUGCCCUUAUUCCCAUAGUAAUUCCAAGAGGAGUAAAGGAAAUAAUCAGUAACCUGUCGAUAAAAAAUGAAACCUGCUUGACGUGGAAGGGAAGUGUAAAGAAAACUGAUCCAGAAAUGUAUUUUAUCCUCAUCCGGGGGCAGAGAUGGUAUCAGGAAGAAUUCGCUCAGGAAGUGACAUUUAACAUCACCUCAGGCAGCAGAACGCCAGAGUUAUGCCUAGAACUGCAUCCAGGAACCAACUACUCUGUGAAUAUCACAGCAGCCUCUUCUGGUUUUCCUGUGAUUGUCACCAUGACAACACGAAUAUCUGAGCCACCACUUCCAGAGAUUGAAUUCCUAGAAGUGGAAGGGGCUUUGCCACCCCUGAGUUUGCGGAAAUCCGAGAACAGAAAUGGGCCCAUCAGUUCUUACCAACUGCUGGUGCUUCCCUUGGAUGUACAAAGCACAUUUACUUGCGACUCUUUGAGGGCUACAACUUACUUUAGCACUACUGCUCAUGCUGAGGGAUAUGUGGCUGCAGAAUUCCUGGCUAAAGAUGUUACUGAUAACAUAGAAGUCUCUCUUGGAGAUAGACUAUACUAUGGGAAGUUUUAUAAUGGCCCCCUGGAAAGGGGAAAAGAUUAUUGCAUUGUAUUGCGAAUCAGAAGUGAAUGGGAAAAGGUCAGGACACAAUCCUGUGCAGUUUGGGCCCAAAUUAAAGGUUCAUCACUCAGUCUGCAGCAGAUGAUGGGCGUUGGAUUGGGAUCACUGGCCGCUGUUGUUGUCUUAGUGUUCCUGUCCUUCUUAGCAGUUUGGGGACAACGGCACACGGCACAUUCCCCAUAGAUCUUCUGCAGUGUUCGCCUUCCACAGUUGAAGGUUCCUGGCCAUGAAAUCACUUUCUGAGAACCUCCUGGGAGCCGUCUUGAUCGUAUCCUGAAAGCAAAACCAGAGGAAUAAUGCAAGAACAUGGCUGAAGAGGGCAAGAGGAACCUUGUACCAUUGCGAGCGUCAAAAAAUAAAAUCCCACAGUGUGAUUCUACCUGAAAUGAAGCCUUUCUACAGAAGCUUUGGAGAUAGCCACUCACCCAAGGAGAGCAGAAGUUCGUGGAGGGCAAGUAGGGAAAUAAAAGAUGUAUUUCUGUUGAUUUCACUACUAUUGAUCCAUAGGCAGGGGCAGACUGCUAACAUAGGUGUGCGGGUGU